AUGCUGAAGGACUUUGUCAAUGAGGACCCGGAGUCGGAGGUGGACGAGCGGGUGGCGGCGCUGCGCGAGCUGAUCCCGUGUCGGCCGAGCCACCCCGAGGCGCUCGAGUGCCCCACCAGCCUCAAGUGCUGCGAGGUGGCCGGCAACCACGUCUGCCUGCCGCCAGUGUCCGAGGCGGGCGGCGCCAUAGAGCAGGCGGCGGUGCUGGCUGAGGAGGUGCCGGUCAAGCCGGGCGGCUGCCCGCACGCGCCGCUCGAGCGGCUCCGGUGCCGGAUGCCGGCGCGGGACCUGUGUCUGCACGACGGCCAGUGCGCCGGCUCGCGGAAGUGCUCCGGCCUCAAGUGCUGCCACAACGGCUGCCUGUUCUCCUGCGUGCUGCCAGAGGAGCAGCUCUCGACGAAGCCGGGCUUCUGUCCGCCGCCGUCGUUUGUGGAUGACUUGCCGCCGCCAUGCCGAGGCGGGGCGCGUGUCAACGCCUGCGACGCCGACGACCACUGCCCGGGCGUGCUCAAGUGCUGCCCGGGCCUCUGCUCGCGCCAGUGCGCGCACCCGCUGUGA